GAGCACAGCAUCAGCUGCAGCGAGCUGAACAGCGAGGAAAUUUCCUCACUCUUCCUCUUUAUUUUUCACUUCCAAACAUUAUUUUUUGUCCAUUAAUACCCACCGUUAUCUACAAAUACGUCCACAUUGGGUUUAUUUGCCCAAUUGGUUCAUUUCCCCUCUUUGCGAGAAGCUUUGGAACACCGCCGUCAACGUCAAGUGACUCAAAGUUCCCCCCCGUCUAGCGUGAGGGAUGAGCGGACUGCUGGGCAGCAAGGAGCUGGUGCUUGGAUGAACACAACGAUACUCAGCGAAGGUGUCAUUACCGCUGCCGAAAUGGAGCAAAACGGCGUUGCAGCAGAGACAUCUCUACAUGAAGUACUGAACAGGAAGACGAGGCCCGAUCCAGAAGGGGAGAGCUGUCCCCCGAGGCCCACUGACAGAACGGCGUCACCGGCCAAGAAACUGGCCACCCUGCCUAAAACUGAUGCGCUCACGCGAAGGCCCGGUUCACCGGCAUCACCUUCCCCACGGCCAAAAAGAGACGUGAUGAAGUCGGACGAGAGGCAGCAGCUGGCGAAGGAGCGGCGAGAGGAAAAAGCUAAAUAUCUCGAAGAGCUCAGCAAACUUCAAGCGGCCAAGAAGAGCCAGUGGUUAGAAAAGGAGGAGAGGGCGCGGCAAUUGAGGGAGCAGCAGCUGGAGGAACGGCGCAGGAGGCUGGAGGAACAACGCAUCCUGGCGGAAAAACGUCGCGCCGCCCUGGAGGAGCGACAGAAGCAGAAGCUGGAAAAGAACAAAGAACGCUAUGAGGCGGCCAUCCACCGCUCUGCCAAGAAGACUUGGGCCGAAAUCCGCCAACAAAGGUGGUCGUGGGCCGGCAACCAGAAUCCCAAUCAGAAAGAGAGCAGAUGUUCUCUCUCCACCGUCAACCUUCCCAAACACGUGGACUCGGUUCUAAACAAGCGUCUCUCCAAGUCUUCGGCCACGUUGUGGAACUCCCCCAGCAGAACCCGUAACGCUGCCCUCAGCCCAUGGGAGAGCAGCAUCGUGGACCGCCUGAUGACGCCAACCUUGUCGUUCCUGGCUCGGAGCCGUAGUGCCGCCAGUGUGCUCCCCAAUGGAAAAGAUGGACAGUCCCCACUGUGCCCUCGGUCCUCUUCCGCCAGCCCCCUGACAUUGUGCGCCCACCAACCCCACCACCGCUGCGCCGAACGCUGGAGGGUGACGUCCAGCACGCCAGACAUCACCCAACGGCAGCACAGACGGAGCUCCACACCCAUUGACAGAACCAAAAAAGAGAAGAAAGACAAGGAGCGGGAGAACGAAAAAGAGAAAAAUGCUUUGACAAAGGAGAAGUUCCUUAAGAAGCGGCAGUCGCUUCCGAGCAUGAGACACAGAGCAGACUUGAGUCCUAGUCCACUAUCAAGACCGCGCCCGUCGUCACCCGCCACGCCGAAAGGCAGGACGGCGUCGCCGAGUCCCGCGGUCUCCCCGAAGCCCGCUUCCACGCGCAGCAGCCCAUCCACCCCCAAAGGACAGCCCAGGAGGGCGAGGACUCCCGCUAGGGUUGACCAUCGGACUUCCCCGCCUGUCCCGUUGGAGAGAGUGAGGGAACAUCGGAGGCCGGUCACCCCAGAAUACAGUCGACGUUCUCCUGUUGUUCCUGCUUUCAAAUACUCUGCAGCGUCAACUUCUGCUACCUCGCCGUCUCCCGAGCCAUAUGUCAAAGACAUUCCCUCCGCGCCGUCUCCCAAGCCAAUGGCGGGCACCAACGAUCCCGAGGAGGCAGCACGAAUUUUGGCGGAGAAGCGGAGGCAGGCUCGUGAGCAAAGAGAGAGGGAGGAGGAAGAGCGCCGUGUGCAGGAGGAAAAGGACAGGCUAAUGAGAGAGGAGCGUCUAGCGAGGGAAGCGGAGGAGAGUCGUCGGCGUGAAGAGGAGGCGCGCAUCGCAGCUGAGGAGCAGCGGAAAAGGGAUGAGGAGAAGCGGAUAAGGGAGGAACGCGAAGCUCAGGAGAGAGCUGAGGCCGAACAGGAGGAGAACAUUCGUUUACAGAAGCAGAAAGAAGAAGCUGAGGCAAAAGCUCGCGAGGAGGCGGAGAAGCAGCGCGAGGAGAGGGAGAAACACUUCCAGAAGGAGGAGCAGGAGAGGCUGGAGAGGAAAAAGCGCCUGGAAGAGAUUAUGAAGAGGACGCGCAAAUCUGACGCAAAUGACAAGAAGGAGACAAAAUCUGCACAGCCGCCACCUCAAGUGAGCGAGAAAGACGUGGACAGCAGCAAAGAAUGCGAGGUGAACAUGGAUGACAAGAAGACGGAACAUGAACAGAGCAGACAAAGCCCGGAGGGCCAAACUCAGCUGAACGGCGUCCAAGCGGGCAGACGCGAGCGCAACGGCUUGACGGCCGACAUUAUCAUCCACGCCGCGGAUGGGGCCGCCGACGACAUCCUAACCUAUCGGGGCGACGACGCUUUUGUCAAGAAAGCGUCGGCGCCGCUCAAGACACAGCACGUGGCAGAAGUGCUGUGAUGACGCCUCAACGCGUUCGGCGAGCGAGCCCGUGCCCCUUGCCAGUCCCUCGGCGCACAAAAAUCCAGGCCUGGCACCUUCGGAGGUGUUACCAAAAGCAGGGACGAACGUAAAGGCCAUGAAGCUGGUGCGCACCUCAUUCCGAGACAGCAUUACCUUCAGUACACAAACGCAUUGUUAACUCUUAUUUAACAGUAGGGAAAUCUUGUUUUUUUGUGUGUAAAUAAAUGACGGAAGAAACUUAGUCGCGUUAACAUGUCGACUGGUCAUAUGAUUGAUUUGAGGCAAUAUUAUCGUGCAGCUUCAAGAAAUACAAGUCAUACAUCUAUAAAGGGCCAAUCCGGGAAGAAAAAGAGAGAUUUAUUCUCCUAUUUAAAAGCUAAAAGAUGUUUUUGUUUGAAUAAUUCCAAAUGUGCAUGACUCAAGUGUUUGCUCAUUUGCUGUAGGACUGAUUUGUGAGUGCGCGCGUGUGUGUACAGGCUCUAAAUAUAUUUUGAGGUGCACUGUAAACUCCAUGGGAAGACUGUUCCAGAAGUCUUAUUAAAAACAAACAUGUCCAGUUUGUCUUUUUUUUUUUUUAUUUGUUGACAAUAUGAGCACAUUUAACUUUGGCAUGGCAUGACAUGGCAUGGAGCGCUACUACUCUAAGGAACAAAACACACGUCGCUCGCGUUCAAUACAUUUCCUAUGGAACGAGCGCGACGAAGCGAAAAUCGCCAACCUUCUUGUGGCGAAGUGACAUGACGUUCGUGCACGUACAAAUGCACACGCCGACCAGCGACGCGAUAUAAGAAAAUAGGAAAUGGUUCUAUUUCUGUCGCCUGCUCCGGCGAGGGACUGGUCUUGGUGGGCCGUUGGGGGUCC